UUGCAUGCAAUGCAAAGCAUAUUUAUCCAAAGCUUGUCUUCUUCCCAUUACCACACCAUGAAAUCCUUUUGAGAAAGUCAUCUGAAACAAUGGAGACUUUGCUGAAGCCGGCGAGGGGGAGACUUUCCGGUGCCGGACAGGGCAAAACAGAAGAGUCGAUCAGAAACCAAAGGAUCCCACCUCAAAAAACUCAAUCAUUCAAACGAGAGAAGAGAACCCAGAACUGGUUUCGAAGACCAUUUUCAGGCAAGACGAUGGCUUCGAAUGAUGAUUCAGACCAUAAACCAGACAAGUACUUGCAGUUGCAGCUGCUACAUAUGUAAUUACCUCAUCAAUUGCAAAACCAAGCAUCCAAGAUCAGAAAAAGAGCAGCUCAGAUCUUGAUCCCUCGUUUAUCACAGAUAAGAGCAGAAAGGAAGACAAGUCAUCUUCAACAUCGGAAGCUGGCACUAUAUCCGAACAAUUCUCAGGUGAAGGAUCGAGAAAGGUGCCAGCAACUGAUGGCAAUGAUGAGAAGGGACCUAAACGUGGCCCAUCGUUUAGAAAAUCUCUUACCUUUGCCGAUCAUUUGGGCAUAACUAGCCUUACAGAACCGAGAAGUUCCUCUAAGCUCGAAAUGCUUUCCGGUCCUACAGAAAGCACUGCAACAAAACCCCAUCAUCCCGCCAUUAAACCACAGACGGAGAGGACGAAAGCAGAGGCCUGGGAGAAGGACGAGAUGGCCAAGAUCAAAGAACGGUAUACGAAGUUGAAAAGCACUAUACUUGCCUGGGAGGAAAAGAAGAAGAAGAAAGCCAAGACCAAGCUGUACAGAGCAGAGCGAGGAUUGGAGCGAAAAAGAGCAAGAGCCUUACUAGAAUUUCAAAACGAAAUGGACCAUAUCAAACAAGCUGUGGAUGGAGAAAGAUCACAGGCGGAGGCGAAUCAAAAGGCAAAUAUAAUUACUGUCAAGGAGGGAAAGAAGAAGAAGAAAGCCAAGGACAAGCUGGACCGAGCAGAGAGAGGAUUGGAGCGAAAAGAGCACGAGCCUCGCUGAAAUUUAAGAAAGAAAUGGAGUAUAUCAAACAAGCAGUGGAAGCAGCAAGAGCACAGGCGGAGGAGAAGCAGAGAAAUGAUGAAGUUCGAGCAAAGGAAAGGCAAAUAUAAUUAGAACGACGGGAGACAUUCCCAGGACCUGCAUCUGCUGCUGAAUAUAUCCUAUGUAUUGUAAUCAAAGAUUCAAAUAACGGUUACCUUCGUCUUUUUAGUCAUAUAAUAACCAUCGCGAAGACCCGACCACAAUUCCAGGGGGAAAAAACAGAACCUUCAAUGUGUUUUCAAGUCAUACUUCGUUACAUGAAGCUGAAAGAUUUUCAUUUCGAACCAUAAA